ACUCUGCCUCGGCUCGACCACUCCCUGCACUGACUGUGAAUUGAGGUUUCGCAUAUCCCGCCCUCCCCGGAGCUCUGACACACAACGCCCCAUCUCACAGCCAUUGGAAAAACCACCUCGCCUGUUGUGGCAAGCGGGUAGUUUUAACCGGCAAACACCAUUUGUGGAUAUAUGUAAAAGUGUCAGAGGCUCGGGAGAGCGAGGGGGACGUCAGUUUCACACUCAUUCGGACACCGUGUUCACCUGGACAGUCAUGAAGGCUUUUUUUGUGCUUGCCACAUUGCUGUGGUGUUUAGCGACAAGUUUAUCCUGGGCAGCCAAGAUUGUGGUAGUUCCUCCAAUCAUGUUUGAGAGCCAUCUUUAUAUCUUUAAGACUCUGGCCUCGGCUCUCCAUGCUGAGGGCCAUGACACCGUCUUCCUGGUCUCAGAGGGCCGUGAGAUCCCACCUUCCAACCAUUAUCGUCUCCAGCGCUACCCUGGGAUUUUUAAUAGCACCUCAGCUGAUGACUUCCUCCAAUCAAAAGUUCGCAACAUCUUCUCAGGACGUCUCACAGCACUGGAGCUUUUUGACAUCCUGGACCAUUAUUCUCAAAAUUGCGAUGCCGUUGUAGGAAGUACUUCUGUUAUGGAGCAGCUAAAACAUGAACAUUUUGACCUACUGCUCGUCGAUCCCAAUGAGAUGUGUGGAUUUGUCAUAGCUCACAUUCUGGGUGUCCAGUAUGCAGUAUUUAGCACAGGACUGUGGUACCCUGCUGAAGUUGGGGCACCAGCUCCCCUAUCUUAUGUUCCGGAAUUUAACUCUCUACUAACGGACCAUAUGUCGUUGUUUCAACGGGUAGCUAACACAGCAGUGUACCUAGUUUCGAGGUUUGGUGUCCAGUUCCUGGUUCUACCCAAAUAUGAUCGCAUUAUGAGGAAGUACAAUAUCCAGCCAUCUGUCUCCAUGCACGAUCUGGUUCAGAACAGUCGACUCUGGAUGCUGUGUACUGACAUGGCACUGGAGUUCCCACGACCAACUUUGCCACAUGUUGUCUAUGUAGGGGGCAUCCUCACCAAACCCCCCAGCCCAUUACCACAGGAGUUUGAAACCUGGGUGAAGGACACAGAUGAAGAUGGUUUCGUGGUGGUCUCAUUUGGUGCAGGAGUGAAGUAUUUGUCAGAUGACAUUGCUCAGAAACUCGCUGGAGCCUUGAGCCGUCUGCCCCAGAGAGUCAUCUGGAGGUUCUCUGGAGUUCCUCCAUCAAAUCUUGGCAACAAUACUAAACUAGUGGACUGGAUGCCACAGAACGACUUGCUGGGUCAAACAAACACAAGGGCCUUCUUGAGUCAUGGUGGCUUGAACAGCAUCUAUGAGGCCAUGUAUCACGGUGUGCCUGUGGUUGGUGUACCGCUGUUUGGAGAUCACUAUGACACCAUGACACGAGUUCAGGCUAAAGGCAUGGGCAUAAUGCUUGAGUGGAAGAGGAUGAGCGAGGAAGACCUUUACACUGCCAUGGUGAAUGUCAUAACAGACAAAAGGUAUCGUGAGCGAGCACAGUUGCUGUCUCAGAUUCAUAAAGAUCAGCCUGGUCAUCCAGUAAGUCGGGCGGUUUACUGGAUUAGCUACAUUCUCCGCCACCGUGGCGCAGAACACCUCCGCUCUGCAGUCUAUGAGAUCCCUACCUACCAGUACUUUUUAUUGGAUGUCGCCAUGGUGAUAGGAGUGUGCCUGCUUCUUACUGGCUAUUGCCUAUACCGAAUAGUCAAGUGCAUCCAAUCUCGACUGGGGCGUGGUUCAUCUCCAGGGGAGAAGGUGAAUGGACACUGUCAUAAUGGAAUUCCUAAUGGCAAGCACAAAAGAAAUGGCCACGUUAAAAGUAUGGAAAAGAAACUAAAGUAGAACACAUUUACGCUUCACUAAAGAGAGGAAUUAACUACUCUUCACUCAGUGCAGGGCCUAUACAGGAAAUAAAUAUAUGGGUCAAUAACGAAACAAACCAACCAUUAUAAAAACAAACUGUAAGUGGCAAGCCAAAGUAUGGACGAAUGGAAGAAAAGCAGAAAACAAAAAAGGGAAACUCCUGAGGAAGUUUUUUUUCCCUGUUGAACGGAGCUAAUGUUCAGUUGUGGUACUGAAGUUUAUCCUUGUGGAAAAAGCAACGGAUUUGAAGUUUAGCAAUUAGUGUUUUAACAAAAAGCUGUAAUGCUACGGGGCAUCAUGUUUCACUGCAUCCGAAUACAACAAAGAUCUAUUUAUAUCAAAUUAAUGCUUUUUUUUUUUUGCACACAGAGCACUGUUGAGUGUUGUGCACUUAAUAUAAUUUAUGUUCUGUAUUUAUAUCUCACGCACUCCGUCCCAACUUUGUUUUCAUAACUUUAGCAAUAACAACAAUUGGACAAGCAAGCAAAUUUGCUAGUGUUUAUAUUGUCGGCCUUACUUUACUCUUUCACUCUAUCUAGCAUGUUUUGAUAGCCUAAUUCAUAGCCUCAUUUCUUAUAGACAAAAAUCUGCACUAGCUAAUAUAGCUAGUUCUGCUAUCUAUGCUAGAACUUUUGAUGGGGAUAUCUAAACUUGAAAUCUUGCUUACAUUUACAACAAAAUCUGGGAUGCUAGGAACCAUUAUACUGGAAUGCUAACUUUCUUAGAGCAUCUUUGCCUCUUUCCCUGUUUGUUUUGUUGUUCUCAGCUUGCAUCAUUCAAUGAAUAGCGCAGUAGUUUCCCUAAAGAAGUGUGCAGGUCAGGUGGAACAUCCCUCACACAGUCCUUCUGUUGGCAGAUAUGGGUUAAAAUGAGCAAAAUUAAGUCAUUUUACUCAUUUUAUAUUUUUGUUGCUUCAUGGCUGUUUAGAUUUUGAAGUUGCAGUCUUCAGUUCAACUUUACUAGAUUUCUUUCAUUAACCAAAUCAGGAGGAACUUAGGAGGAACUUUUUUAAUGAGGGUAUACAGUAGUUUUUUAUGUGUGAGUGCCUGUGUCUCUUAAAAUGUCCCAAACAAACUACUUUUUUAUUAGAAUGUAUCAGAUGAGUGUUGUUAAAAAUACUGAAAUACUGUUUUCUGACAUCGUCCCACAAAUCUAGAAUGACCUAAAGGAUUUUGGUCCUCUACUUUUAAUCUUCAGCCAUUUUGACCACAGAAAAUUGCAUGAAAAGCAAUAUUUUGGUAACAUUUCAGUCUAACAUUUAGUUGUUAGCUUUUCACCAGAUGGUUUAAAAUGGCCAAAAAAAUUGCCAGUAAACCAUCCUGCAGUUCACAUGCUGGUUUUACAACUCAGUGUCAGACUGAACUGUUUCCAGUUAUGGUCUCAGGCUGAAAAUGUAUGAUUGUUUUAAAUGCACCACAAUGUCUGAAAUACACUUGACUCAUCAAAAUACAAAGUGGUAUGUUAUGGAGAUGUUUUUUUGAAUGACAGCAUGUUUCGUUAGGGCUUAUUUUAUUUAAAAGAUUUGAAACUGUGUACAUAUUUAGGCCAGUAGGCAUAAUUAUUUGCAUUAUGUAGAGAUUAAAGGCUUAUCCGUUUUUGAAAGUGUGUAACAGAGUGGUGCAGGCAUAAUUCAGAAGAAAAUUAGCUGUUGGUACCUUUGAGAUUUUUCUGUAGGGUUUUAUAAGGCAAUUUUCUAUUUAUGAAUUAAAUAAAGUCUAUGGUCAACAUAACUUAACAAUAUUUGAACAUUUUGUUCUAUCAAAGAAAGGCUUACUAGUAAAAAUACAUUUUAUAAAAUACACAUAAAAACAUUCAAUUCAAUUUAUGCUUGUGUCUAUAGCGCUUUUACAAUGUAGAUUGUGUGAAAGCAGCUUAACAUAGAAGUUCUAGUAAAUCAAAAAUGGUUUUCAGAGUUGAAGUUUAGUUUAGUUCAGUUCAGUGUGGUUUAAUUUUCAACGCUAAAAGUCCAAACACUGAAGAGCAAAUCUAUCAAUGCGCAGCUCCACAAGUUCCAAACCAAGCAAGCCAGUGGCGACAGGGGCGAGGAACAAAACUUAACCAAUUAGAUUAGAUUAGAUUAGAUUCAAUUUAUUGUCAUCACACAUGUACAAGUACAAGGCAACAAAAUGCAGGUAAAUGGAACCCCCCGACCGUGCACAGACAUCACAACUCCAGGGAAGACAGGUCACAGGAGGUGGAACAGGAAAUAAAAUACAAUCAGGAGAGAGAGGCAAAAAAAAACUCCCUCUCACCGUGCUCUUAAGUUAGAGCAAUGUGAGAUCAGGGAGAAGAAAAAGCCCCAGCAAUCUAGCACAAAAACACACCGACGAGACAUAACUGACAAAAGUGAAGGAAAAAAUCCUCAAGAGGGCUGUGCGAUUAAUGGAAAUCGACUCUCAAUCGCAAUUUGAAAUAUUGCGAUUAGCUAAUUGCAAGAGGCUGCGAUAUGAAAUAUAUACAUGAAUUAUUUAAUUUCCCCUGCCCAGUGGAAAUGCGUAACUGACGUCUGUGUGUGACAGUCUUACUAGCCAAUUAAGUGAGCACACUUUCGUUCUGCUCAAACAGAAUUGUGCAACGGAACUAUGCGGAAUGCCCACAAUAAAAAAACAAACAUGAUAGCGCGGACAAGUGGGAUAAUGGCGUCUGCUCCGUCAGAAGCAUUAAUAGAAAAAUUAAGAAAAAUAGCAUUGGUAAUAUGGGAAUAUUUUGGUUUCAAAGUCACAGACACCGAACAAAAACAAAACAAAACAAAACAAAACAGAAUUAAUGUCACAGAAUUAAUGCCACGGCUUACAGAUUAUUGAGCUGUAGCUUGACUACAAAAUUGAAUCGCAAGUCAAAUCGCAAUUGCAAUAUGUAAAAAAAAAAAAUCACAAUUAGAUAUUUUCCCCAAAUUGCACAGCCCUACUCGACAGAAACCAGGCUCAAUUGCAUCAUAAAUCAUGUUUUUCUUUAUUUUACUCAUAAAUUAAAACAAAACAUGGGAAUACCCAAUAGGAAAACCUCAAAAUAACAAUGGCAAAUAAUUCUUUCAGAUUUUAACUGCAGCACUCUGUACAUCAUGAAGAGCUACAUAGUUUUUUUCAAAACCACCCUGAGAAGACUAAUAAUCAAACUCAAAAUAACCUAAAUGAAAAUUCUCAUUAAAUGAAUCAAGAUAAGUCAAAAAACAAAACAAACGACUGGUUUUACCAUGAGCUUUAAGCAUUUCUUCAGCCAAGCACUAUUUUAGACUGUCCAUACUUGAAAAUAAACUGGCUGCAAUAUGGCUGCAAAUGCAUCAGAGCUAUGACUGGUGAAGCAGUGACACACACUCACACACUUUAAACAUUAUCGCUGUUUUCUAGUAGUUGUUUUUUUUCUGUAUGAUUUUCAGUAUUAAUAAUAUUAGAUGGUUAACAACAGAGGAAAAAGCUGCAGAUGGGCUCUUACCUUAAUGGCUGUGUCUGUUUGUGUGAGUAGUAAAUGACUGUAAUUUCUGUAUGCGUGUACAUUUGAAUGAGUUUGCUUGAGCCUACUUGUGUCCAGCUUUCAAUUUAUAUACUGAUCAUUUAAAACCAUUGCUCCAGUUCACUUACAGUACAUCAGUAAGUUUCUUUGUAACUCAUAGAUUCCCGUUUCCCGAUCAAUCCUUUUUAGAAUAGUUGUUAAAAGCUGCUUGCAAGAGUUCAGUCUUUAUUUUUUUUUUAUGUUUUAUUUUUUUCAUAAUUUCAUGUGUGUCUGUGUUUUCAUGUACAUAAAAAGACAAACAAAACAACUAAUGCUGAAUAAACAUUAAACAUUUUGUUUGCUUA